GUUACAUCAUGGAGUAGAAGAUACACAAUGCUAGUUGGAGGUUCACAGAUGGAGGAUUUUGAGAUUUAGCUAAGCUCAUCCGUAACCGAAUUAGCCUCACGUACGGGUUACGGAUUAGCCUCACGUACGGUUGCAGUGUUGAAACCGGAUACUUGUGAACUGUACCCCGGAGUCAUAUGAUCAGCACAAUUUUCAUAGAUAGCAGCAAGCACUGUAUAAUUGGAUAAGAACUCCCACCGUUUGUCAUGGUAGUAUUGAAGACCUCCAGGUUAUCCGUAGCCGACCACACGGUUAACAUCCAUAUGAGUAAAAAUUACUGUGUGCCGCGGCCGUGCGCCAGCAAUGGCGUGAGUGUGUUGUGCAGUUUGCCGGAUGCUUCAACGAAAAAGUGGCUUUGAGCAAAGUACAGCACUACAACCAAAGAGUUCCAACGGAGCAUCUAGCGAAAAAGCACCGCAGAAUCCCAGUGGUAUAGAUGCAACCCAGCUAGCCUGAAGCCACAUCCAGCUAACAGCAACUUUUGGUCAGCUCAGUUUCAAACCCAGCGACAGCCUCAGUCACAAGCACAGCCCCCUACCCAAACACCUCAUGUGCGAGCCAAAUCCACACGAGAAUCGCAAUCCCAUCACCCCCUGAGAGCAGAUAUCUCUCAUUGUCCCUGUCUCCUCCUCAAUCCUCACCAAAGAUUAAUCAAUCAAUCGGUUGCAGGCCUGCACCUGAUUGCCGAACCAUUAUACUACUACUAUCAUCAGCAAUUGUUUAGCUUAGUAGACCUCUCUCUGAAGCUAGCCAUUUGUGCCAUGCUCCUGCUCUUUGGGGAUUUGGAGGCUUCUGCUUGCUUCUUCUGCCGGUGCUCUUGAGUCUUGGUCCUCUGGAGGAGGACGAACGGAGGAGAGAGCCUUCUAAUCGAGCAGGAACCAAGAACUCCUCAGGUUGCGAUUAAUCGGCCGAAAAAAGCUGGUUUUCUGAAUAAGGUUUAUCCGCCUGAAAUUGCGGCGGCGGCGGAGGCCACCGAGUAGGCGAGUAUAAUCCAGGGGAGAGAUGAAAUCUUCCACGAAUUUGCUGCUGAUCCUGGUGGUGUUCUUGGCCGCGGAGAAUGCGCGAGCGCAGCCUGGGCCUAUCCUGAUUAACUGCGGCUCGGAUUCCAGCUCGGCCGUCGUCGAUGGCAGGCGAUGGAUUGGGGAUUCUUCCCCUUCUAAGAACUUCACGCUCAGCUUCCCGGGAACCAUCGCCUUGGCGGCGGCGGCUCCAGGAGUGGAUGGAGAAGAGGAGCCGUAUGGGGAUCUGUACAAGACUGCCCGUGUCUUCAACUCAUCCUCGAGCUACAAUCUCGGCGUCGCCGCCGGGAGCUACUUCCUCCGUCUCCAUUUCAGCCAGCUGUUCGCCAAUCUCAGCGCCGAGGAGCCAAUCUUCGAUGUCGCGGCGAAUGGCCUGAAGCUGCUCUCCAGGUUCAGUGUCACUGGAGAGAUUUCUUGGAGGGAUUCUCAGAUAAACUCAACUAGCAAGGUCAUUGUGAAGGAGUACCUUCUCAAUUUUACUUCUGGUAAAUUGGGGAUUGAGUUCAGGCCUGAUGAAGGGUCCUUCGCCUUCGUUAAUGCCAUGGAGGUUGUGCCGGUGUCUGGCAGCUCAAUUUUUGAUUCCGUAAACAAGGUUGGUGGUUAUGGGUUGAAGGGCCCUUUCAGCCUCGCUGACGGUGGGAUUGAGACGAUGUAUAGGUUAUGUGUAGGAUGCAGCGAUAUAGCGAGGAAAGAGGAUCCGGGCUUGUGGAGGAAGUGGGAUUCAGAUGAGCAUUUCAUUUUCUCUCUGAAUGCAGCACAUACCAUCACCAAUUCUUCCAACAUAAGUUAUGCGUCGGCUGAUGAUUCCACAUUGGCACCUUUGAGGCUGUAUGAAACCGCAAAGGUGACGACGGAGAGUUCUGUCGUGGAGAAGAAAUUCAAUGUGUCUUGGAGCUUUAUUAUUGACCCUGGCUUCGACUACUUGGUCCGGCUGCAUUUCUGCGAGCUGGAGUAUGACAAGGCUGAGCAACGGAAGUUCAAGAUUUACAUAAACAACAAGACCGCUGCGGAGAGCUAUGAUGUGUUUGCAAGAGCUGGGGGAAAGAACAAGGCCUUUCAUGAGGACUUCCUUGAUGUUGCCUCGCCACAGAUGGACACUCUUUGGGUUCAGCUGGGUUCCGAGUCUUCAGCUGGUGCUGCGGCUACUGAUGCUCUUCUGAAUGGCAUGGAGAUAUUUAAGGUCAGCCGGGAAGGAAAUCUUGCUCAUCCAACUGUGAGGAUUGGAGGUAUCAGUGGUGGCACAAGGAAACCAAAGAGGAGCCCCAAGUGGGUGCUAAUUGGUGCUGCUACUGGUCUGAUAGUUUUUAUCGCAAUUGUUGGUGCUGUUUAUAUCUGUUUCUGUCUGCAACGGAAGAAGAGAAGUUCAGCUAACAAAACCAAGAACCCACCGGGUUGUCAGCCACUUGCGCUCCACGGUUCUGCGAACACUCGUUCCCCAUCUCUUCGCACAGCUGGAACAUUAGGGAGCAGCCAGCUGGGCAGGCGGUUCACCAUUGCAGAAAUCAGAACAGCCACCCAGAACUUCGAUGAGUCCUUGGUUAUUGGAGUUGGAGGUUUUGGGAAGGUCUACAAGGGUAAAAUGGAGAGUGGCACUCUGGUGGCAAUUAAGAGGGGGCACACGGAGUCUCAACAGGGUCAGGGUGUGAAGGAAUUUGAAACUGAGAUCGAGAUGCUCUCGAGACUGCGACACCGGCACCUCGUACCCUUAAUUGGCUAUUGUGACGAGCGAAACGAGAUGAUCUUAGUUUACGAGCACAUGGCAAACGGCACCUUGAGGAGCCAUCUCUAUGGAAGUGACCUUCCUGCUCUUACAUGGAAUCAAAGGCUUGAGAUAUGUAUCGGCGCAGCACGAGGGCUUCACUAUCUUCACACUGGACUCGACAGGGGUAUAAUUCACAGGGAUGUCAAGACUACCAACAUUUUGUUAAAUGGCAACCUGGUCGCAAAGAUGGCAGAUUUUGGCAUCUCAAAAGAUGGUCCAGCUUUAGAUCAUACUCAUGUUAGUACUGCUGUGAAAGGGAGUUUUGGUUACCUUGACCCGGAGUACUAUAGGAGGCAGCAGUUAACUCCAAGUUCAGAUGUGUACUCUUUUGGUGUUGUGCUGCUUGAAGUGCUAUGUGCUCGACCGGUCAUUAAUCCGACAUUGCCAAGAGAUCAGAUAAAUCUUGCUGAGUGGGCUCUCAACUGCCAAAGGCAGCAGUUACUUGAGACCAUAAUCGAUCCUCGUUUAGAUGGAAAUUACACAUUAGAGUCCAUGAAGACAUUCAGCAAGAUAGCAGAAAAAUGCCUUGCAGAUGAGGGAGUGAACCGGCCUUCGAUGGGCGAAGUCCUGUGGCACCUAGAGAGUGCUUUGCAGUUGCACCAAGGUCAUCUGCAUGCAGAUUGUGAUGAGGUUCUUUCAGGGCCUGAACUGACGCCCUCUGAUGCAUCUAUUACUGUGACGCACAUCAGAGAAGCUGAGGAGUCCACUCGUGCAGCUCGUGAUGCAAAUGAUGAAGUUGUUGAUGUCAAAAUUGAGGUGCCAUGAUACGGAAGGGGUGGUCGAACUAGGUGUUUCAAGCAACCGAAUAGGGUGAGUUUCUGAUUAACAACAUGCUUAGAUGCAUGUACUGUGGUAUUGUAACACCAUAUGUGGAUGUCCCCACAGCAUGUCUUUUUUUUUGGUGCAAUAGGAGGAAAAUAUUUGUUGUUGUUGCUUUUAAUUAUGUGCACAGAAUCCCCUGUGACAUCAAUUUGAUUGAUUCUUUGUAACACUCUGGAAUCGAAUGCUAAGAGAAAAUGAAUAAUACAAUUCUUUCA